AUGACCCUGGGUGAGAGCUGCUCGAGCGUCCCAAGGAGGCCCGUGGAGGGACACGGUGGUGGGAGCACCUUCACCUCCACCGCCGAGGAGGAAGAGAGGCUCCAGAGGAGGCGGGAGCAUGGCGGAGGCAGCUCAUCAGGCGACGGGGAGCGGCUCGAGCACGGCGGUGUGGCUGUGGGAGACGGAGGGAAGGGAAAGGAGAGCCCACGAGAGACAGAGAGAGAUGUGCUCAGGAUUCAGGAUGGCUUGCAAGAUAAGGAUGAUAGGGCGGUUUUAUGA